AUGAGGUUGAUGACACUUUCUUGUACAGGUGGUUUUUCUGGCAAUAUCGGUCACGACCCACAUAUUCUGUAUACUCUUAGUGCUGUGCAAGUGCUUUCCCUUUUCAACAAGCUAGACGUUCUUGACAUUGAUAAGGUUGCAACUUACAUUACUGGGCUGCAAAACGAAGACGGAUCCUUUUCAGGUGAAAUGUGGGGGGAGGUGGAUACACGGUUCUCUUAUAUUGCCAUCUGUUGCCUUUCAAUAUUACGUUGUCUGGACAAAAUCAACGUUGACAAGGCCGUAAGCUAUAGUCUGAGUUGCAAAAACCUGGACGGUGACUUUGGAUGCACACCUGGUGGCGACUGGCGAGUGUCAUGCAGGGCAAAGUAUGUUAGUUUCAUUGUCCACGUGGACAUGUGUAAACUUUUACUUGCAUACUCAUAG